UGUUUAAAAAACAAUGAAUUGUUUGUUGAAAUCAUUGACCAAAAAGUUAGCGAUUGUUUCAAAUGUCAAUCAAAUGCAAUAUAUUUCAAGACAUAUAAGUCUAACGACAAUCAAUAGACUCAAAGAAAUCAAAUAUACGGAAAAAGACGAUACAAUAACCGUAGAGGCAGUCAAAGUCAAGUCUGACCGGACGGACAAAUUGGUGACCACUGAUGAAAACGUCAGCUGCAAGUGUUGUCCACUUUGUCGACUCAACUUAAGACGUCUUAAUUAUACGGAUAUCUUGAUUUUGCAACAAUUUGUUGAAUCUGACGGUAAAGUAAUGCCGCGAUCUGUGACCGGUUUAUGUGAGCGUAUGCAUCAAAAGGUGUAUAAUUUGGUGAAUAAAGCUCAGAGAUGUCAACUUAUGCCUCGACCUCUUGACUAUCAGAGCUUUGGGCCGUGGGAUCAGCUCAACACAUACUACGAGUGGCCACCGCGUGUUCGCGACAAACCUAAGAGUAUAAUAGAGCCGAGAUAUUGGUCGGCAAAUGACUAUCAAGACAAUCAUUUGUGAAUGAAUUUUCAUUACUUAGUAAUUAUAAUCAAUUUAUAGUCAAAUUCAAUAUAUUAUUGUUC